AUGAAGCUGCUAAUGCACAAAUCACAUGUGAGAAAAUUGUAAUCAUUAUGAUUAAUCUCGCAAUCCCGAGUGUGUAAGGUGGGCCAAUGAAAACACAAGUUCGCUUCAACGUGCCCGCUCACGAAUCUAGACGUGUGGUCAGGCACAUUCCGUUUAAGGUCGCGAACCAAAACCAAAGUGAUGAAAGCAGCCAAUACGAACAAAGAGAAUAUCCCAAGGAGCCAAUAAUAAAUCAAAGUUAAAACAUGCAAACUGUUUAAAGCGAGGGAAAACACGACUUGCCAAGUUUCAUUUGAUUUUAGUUCUUCAUUUCAGCGGUUAGGGAGUUUGCGCGAGUUUUCCCAACCAAUCCCUUAGCUUAGUGAGAAACUUUCGAGAAUCAAUAACAAUUGAUUACGUAAUUUUAUUUAAUUAUUUCAGAGCAGUCACAUAAACAAAUGGAAUAGAAUGGUGCGGGAAGAACCGCAUUUGCCCACCAGGAUCAUGUCCGUGGCUCAAGGCAAAGUAAUUGAACGAGAGAGCAUUUACGGAUCUCUUCAUAACAGACACGUUGAAGAAGAUCAAGACAGUAAUGAGGACGAAGAUAACGAAGGAGAUCAAAUACCUAAGAUCAGAAUUGGUAUCUGCGCCAUGAAUAAAAAGGUGAUCCUCAGAAGAAAAAGAUUUAUAAUAAAACGUAACAUCUCUCUUCAUUGGACGACCGAACACAAAAUAAUACUGAAAUUAUUUUCUUAAUAGAAGCUGUUUAAACUGAUGUCUACUGACUUCAAAUUUAGCACAAUGAAAAUAAAAGUUGGUGAUUUCUUGAACUCUACGUAAAAUUUCUGCUACUGGUUUUAUUCAGUAAAAGCUAGUUUAACUAAGCAUGUAGUGCUGGUGUGAAUGGGGCAUCAAUAUUUCUCGUUUUCCCGAACUACAUUUAGUGAGUUGCCGUCACAACUUCCUGUAAUGAAAUGCUGUAAUGCUAAAUUUACAAAUUUCCUCGCGUUCCAGACGUUCAGUAAAUACCUGAUACAAACCUCCCUCGGUUUUCGCCAGCCGUGUACUAACGCGCUUCGCUGGAAGAGGCUACAAACUCCUUAGAGGAACCUGGAAGGCAGCAAAACAUUUCAAAAGAUUAACUGCGUAAAAUCCAAAGAUUUUCAUGCUGAAAUUUUCUCUUUUCUCUUAGACAAGAGCUCAACCCAUGCAAGAGAUCUUGGGUCGAAUGUCAGCAUUUGAUUGUAUGGACAUCUUUGUGUUUCCUGAUGACAUUAUCCUGAAUGUUCCAGUGGAAGAAUGGCCCAUCUGUGACUGUCUGAUUUCAUUUUAUUCGAGUGGAUUUCCACUCGAGAAAGCUAUUGAGUAUACCAAGAUGAGGAAACCUUUCAGCCUUAAUGAUCUGGAAAUGCAGUAUGCUUUAAUGGACAGGUUAGUAGAACGUAAAGCCAAAUAGACAAUCCAGUCAAAAUUCGCUCAAAAAACUCUUCUGAGAAUUCCAUUUUUCGUGUUUGUGGGCGUUAUUGUGAGAAGUUGAUCUGACAGUAGCCUUAUUUCAACACCUCAAAACUCAACGUUAUUGAAAAAAAACUCCUAAAGAACCUUCCUUGAAUAAAACCAAGCGCAAAACUUUUAUUCUCAGAGGAUUCAUUUGAGAAGUCUCUCUUGACAUUUCAAAUUCACUUCAGUUAGCGGUUCACAAAAUCUGCGAAAUCACCCAUAGAGUUCAGCAUCUCCUCUACGUAUGACUACAAGGCUACAGAGUAACGUGUUCUAUAUAAGAACAUUUACGUUCAGAAAGAUCAAACCCAAGAAACCCUUUUCUUCAUUGCAGACCGACAAUGUACAGCCUUUUGGAGAGUGCAGGUAUCGAAACACCAAGACACGCAAUAUUGCUAAGAGAUGACGAUGGAAAUCCCAGCAACACGAAAUUUGUCGAACUGGACGAUUCAGUGCAGAUUGGUGACAUGAUAUUCCAUAAGCCUUUUGUAGAGAAACCAGUCGAUGCAGAAGACCAUAAUGUGUACAUCUAUUUCCCUUCGAGAAUUGGUGGCGGGAGCCAGAGAUUGUUCCGAAAGGUCGGGGACAGAAGCAGCGUGUACUCGCCAGAAAGCUCGGUGCGGAAAAAAGGUUCAUACAUCUACGAGGACUUUGUGGUCACUGAUGGAGUGGACUUAAAGGUAAAAAUAGUAUUGGUCAGUGUUUAAUCCGUGAAUAUUUAACAAAUAAAUUCCAUGUUGCUUUGCGUCUGUUGAAAAAAGAUAUUCCAGAUGACGUCAAAAUGGGGUAAGAACAAGAACGUCGGCACGCUAGGCGCAGCUGAGUGUGUCACUGAUGUUUUUACUACAUUUUGACGUUAUCUUUUAGCUAUUAAAUGCAUGUAAUUUCUGAACAGACGCACGGAAACAUGGGAUAUAUCUGUUUUAUAUGAUAAAGAAGAAACUUUUAUCAAUGGUGACGUCAUCUAUGCUUCUGUAAUCAAAAAGCGUGUAUAAUUCAGCUUAUUGUAUAUAAUGCUGUCUUUGACUCAGGUGUACACAGUGGGCCCAGAGUAUGCUCAUGCUGAGGCACGUAAGUCUCCUUCACUCGACGGAAAAGUUGAACGAGACAGUGAAGGAAAAGAAAUACGUUAUCCCGUUAUUCUUAACCAAUAUGAGAAAGAGAUGGCGAACAAAGUUUGCAAGAUAUUUAAGGUAUGAUGUGAUAAUCCUCAUUGUGAUGAUACUCACUGCGCGUAUUUUCCUCGCCCGUAUGGGACUCGGAAAAAUACAACGCAGCUGGCAAAACAUCUGCGCGUAUUAAAUAUACGCGUUAAUGACCACGCGUGAGGUCAAGAUGGCUAAAUAUUAGCCUAGUUCUUUUCGUCUCGGCCCAUAAAAACGCGAAAGGGAAAAAAAAAAAGAAUGAGGCCGAUAUCCAGCCAUCUUGACCGAACAAGCUUGGUCAAUGAAGGAUUUGUUAUGGAGCAAAAAGAUUUCGUUCGAAUAAGAAUCAAGAAUGACUUGUUUAUUUCGACAGGCCGGAGCAUGUUGCCUGCUCGAUUAGCCAAUCAGAACACAGGAUUCGCUUCAUAUUGCCCACGAAGGGCUGCUGGUUAUCUAACAAGUGAAACUAUCGAAUAAGGUGUUUUUAUUUCUUCUCACUUAGCAAACUGUUUGUGGAUGUGACUUUUUGCGCACUCAUGGAAAGUCAUACGUUUGUGACGUAAAUGGCUUCAGUUUUGUCAAGACAUCAAAGAAAUACUACGAUGAUGCUGCUCAAGUGUUGAUUGACCUGAUAGCACAUACACUGGCCCCUCAGUUGUAUAAGCCUUACAAUUUCGCAGUCCCUGAGGAGAUAGGGAAGGCUGAGGUUACGGAAGGCACCAUGUUAGAACUCAGAUGUGUGGUGGGCAUCAUCAGACAUGGUGAUCGAACUCCCAAACAAAAAAUGAAGAUGGAAGUACGGCAUCCGAGGUGAGAAAAUCUUUGAUCAUCUUGUUCUCAGUCCACUGAUGUCUUGUUUGUUAAGUUUGCAAAAUUAGAACUUUUCUACUAGUGAUGAAAUACAAGUCAUUGCAGGUCGAAUUAUCUCUUUCCUCGGAUAUUUCCAAAUUUAAUUUUGUAAAAUCAUCACACAAUAAUAACGCAGUGUCCUAGUAAUUCAAUUAAUGACCAAUGCCUACCAUCAAGUAGUUUUCAUUGCGUUCAGAGAAACACUGUCUCAAGGGAUGUACAUUACAUGGGUUAAAUUUUAAGAUAAUUUGGUUUUUAUCAAAUAAGUUGAUAGUGUAAAUUGGCCACCGUAAAGAGAUUCUAAAGCUGACGUUUCGAAUGUUACCCCUUCGUCAUUUCGCUCUGACGAAAGGCUAACACUCAAAACGUCAGAUUUAGGAAUUCUUUACGGUGGCCAAGCUACAUUAUCAACUCAGUUCAUAAAACCAAAUUAUCUUUUUAUACCCCUCACCGACACAUCACCACAGUUUCUUUAAAAAUUGACCAUCUUCAUGGUUGCUUUUUAAGACCUAGUGCAAGUUCGAAGUGGAUGAUUCUUCUCUGAUCAUGUUUAAGCCUUUGCCACCCUGAUGGGGCAAAGGCCAUUGAUGAUUUCCGUCCUCUAUAUUCUUCGUCAGAGGCUGCUUUUUUCGGCUGGUGCCAUGUGUAGCUCCACCUUUUCAGGUCUGACUCCAUAUCUCUUCUACACGUAUUUUUGGGGUGACCUCUUCUCCUCUUUUCUUGCGGGUGCUUGCCCCGUGAUGUUUUUUGCAGGCUUCCCCAGGGUAUGUCCUAUCCAUCUCCAUUUUCUCUUGAGGAUCUGAUUUUCCAUUAGCUCCUGUGCUGUGCCUUCCCAUGGCACUCCAUUAGAUACCCAAUCUGACCAUUUGAUUUUCAAGAAGCGUCGCUGACAAGGAUCGACGAGUAUCUGGAUUUUUUUGGGGUGGAUUUCUUCGGAUCCGUAGAGCAGAACAUACUUCACAUUUGAAUUAAAUAUUCUCAGUUUGGUUUUUCUCAGUUCUAAUCGUCUGGGCUGACCAUACUUUCUUCAGCUUGUUGCCUUAUUUAUCUUGCAUGUGAUUUCCUCGUCUGUCCCACCACUAGCUGUGCUCACAAUACUCCCAAGAUAGACAAAAGAUGAAAGUUUCCCCUCAAGAUAUUGUCCCUGAUAGUGGCAGUGUUGUUGUUGCAGUUGAUGUUUAUUAUCUUGGUUUUAAUCACAUUUUGUGGCAGUCCUAGCUUGCUGGGAUUUAUUGUCUUUUUCUUUCUAUUAAUAAAUACUAGCAAGCGUUGUAUCUUUUUCCGGCAGGUUUGUUGAAUUGUUUAAGAGGAACGGUGGAUUUGAUAAGGUCGUGCCGCUGAAGUUGAAGAAACCAACUCAGUUAGAGGAAGUACUAAAUAUCGCCAGAGACUUGGAAGCUGACGUCAAGAAAGGAAAGCCAUUGUUUGAAAACCCUAAUAAAAUCUAUCAGCUGAAGACUGUACUUGAAAUGUAAGUUAAAAUAUUAAAUUUUCUUUGUUUUAGUGCCAUGAAAUUAGUCCAUUUAAGCAUAAGAUUAUAAGAAAGAGGUCUCUAUCGCUUGCUGGCUGUCGAGGGCAGAGCCUCAAUUAGCAGUUAUGCUUAGAAAUUGGGAGCGAAUACCGUAACUGCCGCUUAUAAGCCCUGGGCUAAUUUAACGUAGUGGGUCUCUGGAGGGCUUAUAACCCCCAGGGAGGGGGGCUUGUGUCCGAGGGGCUUAUAAGCGUGUGUGGGGGGGGGGGUGGCUUAUAAGCGGCGUUCUACGGUAAUCUUACUGUUUUAGUAUAUAACUAUUAGUCGUCCAAAACUUAAUCAAGGCAUUUUUUUAAAAUUUUAUUUUAUUUAUAACUGUAAACUGUCAGGCUGCUCAAUUUUCUCACAGGCUAUCACGGAAUGGAUAGCGAGUGGCGUAAACUACUCGUAAGUAAACUCAUGUUAGCGGCUCCAAGCCUGGGAAAACUCCAGUGAUGCGGCAAUUAAGUUUGGUUUAAGUUUAGUUUUGUUGUGCGAUUGAAAACAAAUGAAAUUCCAGAUAACUUUGGACGCUCACUUGAAAAGUGCUAUAUCAACUAUUCGCUGCUUGCUUGAUUGCAUUCCAUUUGUUUUCAAAGUCAAACAUGAUGUUAAUUCUGUAAUUACUUGAUUUAUUGGUUGAAUGGUAAAUUGUUAAAGGCAUUUACUGAUUUUUCCAAGGUAUAGUAAUUUUUCUGGCAUCAACGAAAAAAUUCAAUUUAAGUAUCUUGGCAAGCCACGCGACAGAAAAGACAGCGAGGUACGGGAAUCUAAAUGCAAGAACGGCGAGAGAGAAACAAGAAAGGAAACAAAAGAAAACGAGGCCCUGGUGGACAAGGAACAUUCUCUGCUCUUGAUCCUUAAAUGGGGCGGAGAAUUGACCAUGAUGGGGAAAGACCAAGCAGAAGAGCUAGGUCGUGCUUUCAGGUAUUGUAAGUUAAGUUAAUUGAGUAAUUACAUUGAAGCAGGUUUUUGUUGAGUUCCGAAAAACUAAAUCCAAAGUAAUGACAACACUAGAUCAGAGUGAUGGUUGGCAUCACAAUUAGAAAAUGUAAAAUUAAACAAAAUACAGGCAAAAUGCAUGAAAUGCUGGAAAACGCAAGUGUCCAAAGCAGUAUUGGUUUUGGUGUUGUAUCUGAUAGGUUGAGACGGUGGUGUGAGUCUUCUGGACCAAUCACAGAGUGAAGUAAAGCAAUAUCAAAGCGAUGAGGGAUUACUUUCGAUACUCAAUUGAAUCUUUCCCUCAAAGUAAGAUGACCAUGCUGGGUAGUUGCUUUGAGUUCUCUUCCUUGGCUUUUGGUGACUAUGCUGGGUAGUUGCUUUGAGUUAUCUUCCUUGGCUUUUGAUGACCAUGCUGGGUAGUUGCUUUGAGUUCUCUUCCUUGACUUUUGGUCUUUUUGUAUUGCCAUUCUGCCUGCAGCGCGUCGUUCAAUCAAAUCAUCGAUGCGACUGUACAAUUCUAGCACGGUUUUUGCUCUUGAAACCGCACUUUUCAUUACCGUUAAAUUGUCUAUCGACAUUCUUUUUUUCAUGAUUAUCACACAAGAGUCCUUUCUUUUAUGUCUUGUCUUUAUGGUGAACAGAAUGGGGAGUCUCACUUGUAAGCUUAAUACUUCUUGUUUUUUUUUUUUUUUCUUUUGUUAGGAGUGUGUACCCUGGUAGCCAGGGUCAAUUCUCGGAAUUACCCGGUUGUGGUUUAUUGAGGCUUCACAGCACUUACAGACAUGACCUGAAGAUCUACGCGUCUGACGAGGGACGAGUCCAAAUGACGGCUGCAGCAUUUGCAAAGGUAACGAUUCAAAAGCUACGUUCAAAAAGUUGAUUACUGUGUCGUGAAUGUCAAGAAUCUGUGCUGCUCAGUUUAAGAAACACAGCAAAUUUAAUCAGAAAAUUUCAUUAUACUUCUCUCAAUUCUUUGAAGUUAUUGAUUAUUCCGGUGCAACCUUUCGAAUGAAAAUAAAUAAAGCCAUCCACUUUUUUGCUAAAACCUCUGAGUCAACAAAUUAAUAAUCAAAAUAAUGAUAAUAAUAGUAAUGAUGUUAAAAUCUGAGAACUAUAGGUAAAUCGCUGGCGUAAACCGCUGACCAAUAUACAAAAUAUAUAGGACGAUAAAAAUGGUAAAGAGAAAAUUGAGAACAAUUAUGAGAAAGAGUCCAAGCACUACAUUUGUGUUCAGUCUUAUCUAAAGCCAAUUACGAAAUUAAAAAGUUUGAUUUGAAAAGUUAUCAGCAUUUCACAGGUGCGAAGUUCUUUGGAAAGGCAUUUCCAUUCCUUUCCAGGGGUAUAUUGAAAUGUGGAUUGGCUCACAGCAGUUUUAUUUCUCGGAGAUUAAGUUCUCUACUGUCUCUCAGGGUCCUACCACCACGGAAGUUCAGAUCGUAAUACAAAAUAUACCGCACUUGGUUAGCUCACGUCGGACUGCCGUGUUGGAGGUCGAGGGUUCAAGCCCCAGACCGGGCAAACUCUCAGGGUCUUAAGAUCACUGAGGAAAAUGAGCUGCCUUUGCUAUGACAUCCGCAAACGGUUAGACUUUCUAGUCUUCUCGGAUAAGUACGAUAAUCUGUGGGGCCAGUCUUCAGCAUCUUUGCUGUACUCAGGUUAGCUGGGGACGUAAAAAACCCACGCACUUCUCUCAGAGAGCUGGGAACGUAGCUCCUGGUGUUGUGGUGUGGCCUCGUUAUUGUUUAUACCGGUCCUCUGUCUAAAUAUCGUAGAUAUAUACAAUACAUACAUAUCCUUGCAGUUGCCCAGGCUGAGGAAGCAUAAAAUGCCGUCUAUUGUAUAAGUUUAAUACUCCAGCUGUGUGCGCGUUAAGUUCACUAAGUUCAUCGCUUUAAUAUAAAGUCUCUUCUUAAAUCCCUUUUGUUCCACACCCUUCAUUUGUCACAAUGUAAAGACAAAAUCAAAACCGGAGUUCCCCUUAAGGAAAACUGUAACUCCAAAUCUUGGGAUUCCACGGUUCCGAUGCUGUUUCACUGAGCCAGAGAUACUCUAAUGUGAGCCACAUGGAAAUACACUAAGUUCAUAUGUGGCAUUCGCCAAAGCAAAGCGAACUGCUCGGAUUAGCAAUGUCGAAGCCUUUUCUGUUGAAAUAAAUUAGAAAAUACGGUAAAUUUCGAGCUCAUCGAAUAAGACGAAUAAAGAAAGAUGUUAUCUGUUUUCCAAAAGCGUGCGACGAAAUCUAAGAUCUACCAUCUUCUUGAUGUAUUUAGAACUGUACUCCAAUUAUAAGUAAUGCGCCAACAUCAUCAAACAAUCAGUUCCUUUGUGACCAGCAACGAAAAAGGCGGAACCACUUUAUAUUGAAGGAGAUUUACUGACUCAAAAACCACCAGUUUAAGGAACUGAUUUUUGUUUAUUUGCAGGGAUUCCUUGCACUGGAAGGUGAACUUGCACCUGUGCUGGUUCAUCUGGUACGAAGCGAUAAAAACACAACAGAAAUGCUUGACACACCCAGUGACGCUUCUCGAAUACUGGGAAAGUAAGUGCAAUUGCAGGAAGCUUGUUUGUAUGUCUGCUAUGCUAAUUCAUUCAGUUUUGCUAAACUGAGCUGCUGAAACAGGCUAAUUUACAUGGCCGUGAACAAGAUUAAAUAAAUAGUCACUGGUAAAUCAAAGCAAAUGAUGUUUGCUGGAAAGGGGAUAGAAGCUUUGCAUUUGAUUUGUUGAUAAAAAAAGAGAAAACAUCAAAAUAUGGACAUAAGAUUAAACCGUAAAUCGAGAACGCAGAGUUUUUGGUUGGGAAACCAGUGGACACAAACGCUUUUAGUGUCAGGAACACAAUUAAUAGAGGCUUGUUAAGUGGCGGGAAAACAGUCGGGCUUGUGUAGUGGCGGGAAAACAGUCAGCAAAGGCGCGUUUAUUGGUGGGAAAACAGUCAGCAAAGGCUCGUUUAGAGGCAGGAAAACAGUCAGCAAAGGUGCGUUUAGAGGCAGGAAAACAGUCAGCAAAGGCACGUUUAGAGGCAGGAAAACAGUCAGCAAAGAUACGUUUAGAGGCGGGAAAACGGUCAGCAAAGGUACGUUUAGUGGCGGGAAAACAGUCAGCAAAGAUACGUUUAGUGGUGGGAAAACAAUCAACAAAGGCUCGUUUAGAGGCGGGAAAACAUUCAGCAAAGAUACGUUUAGAGGCAGGAAACAGUCAACAGAGAUACAUUUAGCGGUGGGAAAACAGUCAGCAAAGGCUCGUUUAGAGGCAGGAAAACAGUCAGCAAAGGUGCGUUUAGAGGCAGGAAAACAGUCAGCAAAGGCACGUUUAGAGGCAGGAAAACGGUCAGCAAAGAUACGUUUAGUGGCGGGAAACAGUCUGCAAAGGCUCGUUUAGUGGCGGGAAAACAUUCAGCAAAGAUACGUUUAGAGGCAGGAAAACAGUCAACAGAGAUACAUUUAGUGGCGGGAAAACAGUCAGCAAGGACGCGUUUAGUGGCGGGAAAACAGUCAGCAAAGAUACGUUUAGUGGUGGGAAAACAAUCAACAAAGGCUCGUUUAGAGGCAGGAAAACAGUCAGCAAAGGCGCGUUUAGAGGCAGGAGAACAGUAAGCAAAGAUACGUUUAGUGACGGGAAAACAGUCAGCAAAGGCUCGUUUAGUGGCGGGAAAACAUUCAGAAAAGAUAAGUUUAGUGACGGGAAAAAAUUCAGCAAAGAUACGUUUAGAGGCAGGAAAACGGUCAGCAAAGAUACGUUUAGUGGCGGGAAAACAGUCAGCAAAGGCGCGUUAAGUGGCGGCAAACAUUCAGCAAAGAUACAUUUAGCGGCGGGAAAGCAGUCAGCAAAGGCUCGUUUAGAGGCGGGUAAAAAGUCAGCAAAGAUACGUUUAGUGGCGGGAAAACAGUCAACAAAGAUACGUUUAGUGGCGGGAAAACAGUCAGCGAAAGCCCCUUAAGUGGCGGGAAAACAUUCGGCAAAAGCGCGUUUAGUGGUGGGAAAACAGUCAGCGAAGGCUCGUUAAGUGUCGGGAAAACAGUUAGCAAAGGUGCGUUUUAGUAUCGGGAAAACAGUUAGCAAAGGUGCGUUUUAGUGUCGGGAAAACAGUUAGCAAAGGUGCGUUUAGUGGCGGGAAAACAGUCAGCAAAGAUACGUUUCGUGGCGGGAAAACAGUCAGCGAAAGCCCCUUAAGUGGCGGGAAAACAUUCGGCAAAAGCGCGUUUAGUGGUGGGAAAACAGUCAGCGAAGGCUCGUUUAGUGUCGGGAAAACAGUUAGCAAAGGUGCGUUUUAGUGUCGGGAAAACAGUCAGCAAAGGUGUGUUUUAGUGUCGGGAAAACAGUCAGCAAAGGUACGUUUAGUGGCGGGAAAACAGUCAGCAAAGAUGCGUUUAGUGGCGGGAAACAGUCAGCAAAGAUACGGUUUAGCGGCGGGAAAACAGUCAGCGAAAGCCCCUUAAGUGGCGGGAAAAUAUUCGGCAAAAGCGCGUUUAGUGGUGGGAAAACAGUCAGCGAAGGCUCGUUUAGUGUCGGGAAAACAGUUAGCAAAGGUACGUUUUAGUAUCGGGAAAACAGUUAGCAAAGGUGCGUUUUAGUGUCGGGAAAACAGUUAGCAAAGGUGCGUUUAGUGGCGGGAAAACAGUCAGCAAAGAUACGUUUCGUGGCGGAAAAACAGUCAGCGAAAGCCCCUUAAGUGGUGGGAAAACAUUCGGCAAAAGCGCGUUUAGUGGUGGGAAAACAGACAGCGAAGGCUCGUUAAGUGUCGGGAAAACAGUUAGCAAAGGUGCGUUUUAGUGGCGGGAAAACAGUUAGCAAAGGUGCGUUUUAGUGGCGGGAAAACAUUGAAAAUACACGAGUUUAGCGGUGAGGAUUAAAAGUUGCAAAAUUCUAUAGCUGUUUGACUGACUUACUGUCUCGCUUCAGGAAUACCUUCCGUAACUGAGACAAGUUAGUUUUUCUUGUUUAGAGUCAAGCACAGACUUCAUGAUCUACUUCACUCUGACGAGGAUUUCAAAGAAGAAGAUUUUGCCAAGGUGUGUUUUUUAUUUUCAUGACGGAGUAAAUUCGUGACUUGAUAUCUAGACGCAUGCUGAUACUUGUGUUCUUGUCUUAUAGAAAUUUGUUGACCCGGACCCGGUUUUUCGAAGGGUAAAUAACUCUAUCCAUUGAAUAAAUCGGAUAGCGCAAUGAUUUUUGCUAACACUUGUCUACCGGAAAGACAGCGGUUUAUAUGCUGGAUCGCGUUAUCCGUCCUUUGAACUAGUGGGCCCAGAUUUGAAACUACAGUGCUAGUAUUCCUCAGUGGUCCAUCAUGGUAUAAUUUUUUCUAGCACUUCGGCACCACGGACUGCAUGGGAAAAAAGAGAAAUGCUGUCUGUUUCGUUAUUGUUUAUAGGCAAUUCGUCAUUAUUUCUGUUUCAUUCUUGUUAAUGUUAUUUUCCAAGAUGUUUAAAAGGUCCUUUGAGGGGGUUUGAAUAAUGCUGAGUCUCAAAAUUUAUUGGUUUACAAUUCAUGAAAUAAUAACGACUUCACUUUGAGGAAAUUGUAGGGGGACCAAAGAAACUACAUGUUAUACAAUUUGCACAUUUUUCCCCGCAUGAUGUUCAGAUGUGCACUCAAGACACGCUUCUAAUUUUGAAACUUUGUUACGACAGCUUGCGCCAACAAAGAAUCCAUCACUAAUCAAUGCCAUGAAAGCUAUCAAAAAUCCCUACAAAAUGUGUGAAAGACUUUACAAGUUGGUGCAGAGCCUGACUGGACAGUUAAAGGAGUUGAUUAAUCAGAAAGUUUAUGAUCCAAGAGGUAUGAUUGUGCCUUCUUAGCUUACAGUUUAAAUUCUUAGGGCUAUCGCAUCAUUCCUCUCUUUCCGAACAACCAAAAGCUUCGCACUUAAGGGAGUCAGAGAAGGGUACCGGUGUUGCAAGCAACCUUUCUCUCUUGGAAAGAGUGUGCAUCAUGGAGUUUCGGGUUCGAAAUUCCUAUGAGCUCCGAAUUGGCAUUUUCCGAAGGAUGAAACAGAGCAAUUCAAUCCAACUUUUGCGCAAUUUAGAACGAAAUGAUUAUUCCACGUCUUUCUCUAUUGAUUUCAAUUUUUUUUUUAUUUGAAGACCCAUAUUUGUACCAAGGUGAAACACUCGAGCUCAUGAUGCACAGAUGGACAAAAUUAGAAAAGGUGACUUUUUUUUAAAUAAAAUAUCGACUGGAAUUAAGUUUGUGUAACCUAACUUGCGCGCUGAACGAUAUUCCUCUCUUGCAGGAUUUCAAGCUUAAAAGUGGUCAGUUUGAUAUAAGCCUCAUACCAGACAUAUACGAUUGUAUCAAGUAUGAUGUACAACAUAACAGGUUUGAAAAUUUCGUUAGAUCAUUUGAAGAGAACAGGUAUUGGUUAUAAACUAAAGUUUUUUUUUAAUUGUUCCGUUCCGCUGUUAUAAUUACGAUGUCUACCGUUCCAAAAACUAAGUUUUUUUAUUCUGUUUGAUUGCUAUGAAAUUUUAGUGAUCUAAACCUGGAAAAUAGUUUGGAGUUAUACAAGUGUGCCAAAGCCUUUGCCGAUAUUGUUAUUCCUCAGGUGGGUUCGAAUCAAACAACUUUUUUAGUAUAAUCUUUUUUUUCAAACGAAAAUUACAUUUCCUUUGCGAAAUUUCAAACACCAAGGCUAGAAAGGUUUCAGAAUACCUCAAAUAACCUAACCUUGCGUCUUAAGCACACAUUCAGCACAAAUAAACUUCAACAUUGAGUAGUAAAACAACUAAAUAGAUACUUAUUGCACUCUCUAAGCUUCUUCAAUCUUCUAGAAAUGUGGAGAUACAACAUUUUUCAUGUCAGAGACACUGAUCUAUAUAGUUUUCCACGAAAUAACUAUUGAAACGGCAUUUUGCGUCAUAAAACUAAUUGACGUAUGGCAACUUGAUUCAUUAAGUCAGAAUGUGCGAAACACAAAAACAAAAGAUUUAACGGUGAGGGAGCCCCCAGCACCCUUGACCCAUUACGCCCCAACACUGAUCAACAUGUAGAUUCUCCACACUUUUCCCUGUACAUUUCUUGUGGUAUUAACAAAGAGAAUUUGGUCGACAAUGAAGAGCCUCUUUAAUGAGCGAUCAUUUCUUAGCGCAGUACCCAGACUUUUCACGGUCACAGUGAUACAUUAGAUCUGGGUACAAGAUAAAUCAUUUCCUCAAUACUCAUGACCUUGAUGUUCGAUUCAGAGGUGAUACUGUACGGAGAAACUAGAUGGCGGUCACUGUAAGGCGUUGAUGGGUUAAACAUUAACAUUUCUCAAUUAACAAAUAGAGAUUUUUUUUUCAGGAAUAUGGGAUCACAAAAGAGGAGAAAUUGGGUGUGUCCCAAAGUGUUUGCAUGAGGCUGUUGAAGAAGAUCAGAGGAGAUUUGCGUCAUGCCGACAAGACAGACAUCCAUACUCGUCUUAAUCCUGAGUAAGCGCUUUAAGAUGUCGUCAAUUUACUUUAGAUGCUUGUUUGCUGAAUGGCCAAUCUCUACUCUGGAUCUAAAAAUAUAAUUGUAACUUUGUGGCCCUUGUACAUGUUCGCGUCAGAAUUGCCAAUUUUACCUUCCCUCUCAAAAAACCCGCUAUCAAAGUGCGUACCAGAGUGGAGAAAUAGAACCCUUUGAAAGAUUCUUUGUUAAGGAUUGGCGAAGCACUGUGUUAAGUUUUAUUACAAACUUGUAAUAUGGUAUUUUGAAAUCUUUUUUCCAUAGCUAUAUGCAGAGUGUUGAAGCUCCAAAUCGUCACGUGCGGACAAGGUUGUACUUUACUAGUGAAAGUCACGUACACUCGUUGGUAAAUGCCCUAAGAUAUGGAAACCUCUUUGAAGUAAGAUAUCUAUAAAAGUGUUGGCUCUUCUUAGUGCAGCUUACUCCACAUCUUAAGAACUAAGACCAAAAUUCUGACGGUCACAACAACUUUUAUGCAGUACCAAACGGGUCCACUCAACACAGCGGUCAAACGUCGGGCAUGCACGAGGGGAUGUAUUCUGGCCGACCUCAUGCCUAUUUCAGUUCAAGGAGAACAUAAGAAACAACUGCUGUCUCCCAAAAUAAGUUAAAGAAAAUUGAAACGUUCGUAGAAAUCUGAAAUAUUUUCGAACACAAAGCUUAUUUAAGUACACGUAUCCUGUUGAUUUACAAUUUUGUUGGGGCUUAAUCAAAAACGUUUUGGCUUUUAAUACACCGUGAAUUACUGGCAUGUGUGGUUAUUUGUAAUUCAACUUUUGUAACUUUUCUCUGACAGCCUGAAGGCACGCCAUCCAGUUGCUCCACUCUGUGUUCAAGGCAACUCUAAUUAAGGGCUUGAUUAAGAACAAACGCUUUAAGACAUGUCUCUUAAAAAGUAGGGGGGCUAAAGCCUCCCUACAUGCAGCCCCUCCCUUUGCGCGGUCCCUGCAAUCAGGGCUAAGAUGAAAUGAAAACGAGCCCAUCAGCACUCCAAAUAAAACAAGCUUACAGCUCGCCGUGUGGGAAACGUGUGCGGCGACAUGGUCACGAUUACUUUUAAUUUUUAAUGUGACUGUUCGAGAGUUUAAGAAGCUAUUCAGAGAGCCUAAUAAAACGAAUCCGUUGUUUUGUUGUUGUUGUAAUUUUGUGAAUUAGUCAGUGUGGUUAAUAUUCUUCAUGAUGUGAAACCCACCCUAGGAAAUUCCGGAUAACCAGUGGCAGAGUGCUGUAGACUUCUUAGCAGAAGUUCCAGAGCUAAGCUACAUGACUCAGAUUGUGCUGUUGUUGUACGAAGACCCCAAGGCUGAUCUGUUGUCUGAGAAGCGAUUUCAUGUGGAGCUGCAUUUUAGCCCCGGUGCUAAGACUAUAGAUGAUCCAGAGUUUUUAACAAGUGGUACCCCCAGGAGCUCCAGUACGACUUCUGUCCUUAGUUUUGCAACAACUGACACAGACCUGGAUGAAAUUGAAGCAUUUGAGCCCUAUGAUGAAAGCGUUUACACCGGAAAUGAUACGCCACGGUCUGAGAUUGGACUUGAUGAUUACACUGAUGAUAGCACGAGCGAAGGUACCAAUCCUUCUUUAGUUGGCAGUGGAGAUUUCCAGCGCAGCUUUGGUGAGUCAAUCGAUGAUCAGCUUGUCACUUCCUCGUCCUAGCUUGAAAAAUUGUGUCAAGUUACUUUCGAGUUCCGUUUGGAAGAAUCCGCUGCUUGGUGAUUAACACGCUGUACGCCGGCCUUAGGACCUGGUCUUUCAAGGUCCUGGUGAAUGUACAGGCCCGAAACCAAUUUUUUAAUCGCGAGCAGACCUAGCUUUUUAAAAUAAGUUUGCUUUUCCGAGUCAUUUAAAUGCUGCGCAGUCGACUCCUGUCAUCAUUUUUGAGUUAGCCAUUCAUUCUGGAGAGUGGUUAUCGAGUAAUUUAUACCUGCCAUGUCAACAGGUUUUAUCCUUUAAUAUAUUUUUUCGCAUUCUUUCUAGAACGUUUAUCAGACAAAUCCAAGCUCGUUGCUGGAAAGCGCGUCAGUUUUGAACUACCACGCGAAGGAGAAGUUCACUUGAAUUAUUGUCUAAACCGGGCUGAUGAAUCAUGGACUCUCUUGAGCCUGCCGAGAAGAAGAGGUAACACUGGUGAGAAAAUUUCUUAUUUUCAAAAACCGCUAUAAAAAUUACCUAUGAGUGGUUAGAAUGAAAACAUUAAAGUAAAAUGCUAUUAAAGACUUUUCCAAGCUACCGUGGAAUGACGCCAUUUUCGGGGAUAAAGUAAAAUUAAUGUUCAAUUUCGUUCGCUUUUAAAGCAUAAACGCUGUAUAAUUCUAGGAAUUAUAUAAUUUGCGGUCUUCCUUCAAUAAUUAAAAAAAAAGAAUUGACUUACUGUGUCCCCCUCCUCCAUCCCUCCCUCCACCAGGUUUAAGUAUUGUUGAAACUGAAAUUUCUUCAGAAACAGUCUCAAGAGUAACACCUGCAAUAGAAGACCCUUUACCCAUGAGGCCAAGUGCUCCGAUGAAACUAACCCACUCUCAAGACGUCCUUUGAUGAACAACCAAAGGAAGAGAAAGACGCUACUAGCGAUAGUGGUACUGGAGAAGAAAGUAGUGGAAGAUCUCAAAAAUGUUCUGGUAAGGCCAUCUAGCCUGUCUUCCGAAAUCUUGCGUAUUCAUCAAUUCAUUUCUAAAUUGGUAAGAGGUGAUUAGAAAAUGCUCCAAGACUUGGUGGUUGGCGCGGGGAAUUUCGAACCGUGGGGUUCGGGUUCGAGCCUUGGCUGGGUCAUUACGUGUCUUUCUCCAGCCAGAGGUAAAAUGAAAUGGGUACCGCCAAAGUGUCAGGGAAAUCUGACAAAUUGCAGAGGGAUGACCUGCAAUAGACUGACAUUCCAUCCAAAAAGAGUAGCUACAGACAAACAUAACCUGUGGCAGUUAUGUGUGUCAGUCUCAUAGGCGGACUUAUCUUCAAUAGUAAUCCACCCGAUACAGCAAUUUUUAAUUGGGUGUCGAAAAUAAUCUGGGACUCUGUGAUUUUUCUUUACUUCGCUCUUUUGAUUGGUCCAGAAAACUCGCGCCUCUCUCUCAACCGAUCAGAUGCCAACCAAAUCCAAUCACAACUUGGUCUCCCGCGUUUUCCCGCUCCGUAGUCAGUUUGGUCGGUUUUUCUUUGAGUUAUUAUUGUCUCUAAAAGGUUUUUUUUUUCUCCUGAUGGUUGUUACGAUUACUUUGGUUUUGGUUUUACAACACUUUUUUUACGAAAAGUUCUCUAUAUUGCAAACUGAUACUUAUCUACUGGUUACUCAGAUCCUUGUUAUGAGGAAAUAGUACAACAGAAUACAAGUUUUACAUGUAAAGGUAAUGUUUAUUUUGCGGAUAUCUUAUCUCAAGAAGACAUGUCUGUCGUCGUUCCUCACCAACGAGCGACUAGCUUUGAACUAGUACCCGGGGAAGGAAACAACAAUCAUGUCGGAGAUCAACUACAAAAGUUUGAUGAGUCCUAUAUACCUUCCAUUGAAAGACCCUUAGCAAGAAGAUACAGUUUUGGUAAGCAAAAACAAAAACUACCUCAUGAUGAUAAAAGCAAGUCAUAGUAAUUACUUUAGGUUCUCUGUAACGAUAAAAUCGUACUGGAUGCUUCCACGUCUAAUGCUGCAUAGCCAUUGUCAGCAGUCCUAGUUCUUUUUUCUCAUUUAUGCAAAUAAACCAUGCAGACACCAAAUUGCACUAAGCGUGCAUACUCGAGUUACUCUCUCUCUCUCUCUCUCUCUCUGACGAAUGUAUAAAGUUCGAAAUGUCAGCCUCAUAAACUCUAUACGGUUGCCAAUUCACAUUAUCAGCUCAGUUGAUAAAUCAAGAUUAUCUCGUGAUACACUCCCCCCCUUCCAUCAACGCAGCACCUCAGUUUCUUUAAAUUUAUUAUGUCUUUCUCUAUAUAUUUCUUUAUAUGUAACAAAUUGCUUUCCUGUUUUGACGGACUCGCAAAAAGACAUCUAUCAAGGUUUAUGCAUUUCGUCUAAAUCUACACCUUUAACUACUACCAAUCUCGUCGACUGGGUCGCUUUGGACGUAUUGAAGGAAUAUUGUCUCGCAAUUUCAUUUGUCUGAAUGGACGGGAACAACUCGUUUUAUUUCUUUACAGAACAUUCCGCGGAGUAUGAUUCUAAAUCCCAAUCUCUCGCAGCUAAAGAAGUUGUAGGGAACCAUCGCGUUCGUAAUGACAGGCAGAUACCGUUGUGAUAUCCUGAAUUUGUAAAAUAAAUAUUUUUAUUGUAUAGAUGGGAGAGAUAUUUUUCGUGCCACUCGACCAUAAAAUUCAUAUCUUCUCGCCACAGUGUAAUAUCCUCUAUUUAUAUGAAUGUUUCAAAUAAUAUCUGCCGUUACAGAGAAAGAUAUGAGGAUAUUAUGUUGUCAGUCUGUUCAAUUGGAUUAAAUACGGAUUUCACACGGUUUUUCGGUUUUCAGGCGUUUUAAAACCUCCGCCAGACGUAUUGAACCCAGGCAAGCGAAAGAUCAGCUUCGAUCUGGUGCGUGACGAUGGUAAAGGUUAUUUUUAUGGUCCCUCAGACCCAGCUGAUGAGUCUUCUACUCCAUCAAGAACAUCAACGAGUAAACAAAGUUCAGGUCAAGAGAAGUUUUUUUACAUGUUCAUGAAUUUUUAUUUAAAUUUUAUCACUAGACUUCAAGCAGACCCUUUUUGGGCGAUUUCUGUCUCGGGUCAAAAGCAUUAUGUAGAUAACAGCGCGCCGAGCGGAACUCUGAGCGUGAGGCACACCAAAAGAACUACGUUACUUUUCGUGUGCCUCAUUCCCAAAAGUCUGCACGGCUCGCUAACACAAAUUUUCUUUUUCGUUAUUUGUUUUUUUAUUGACUCGCGCGACGGACUAUGCCGUUAAGAAGGGACUGCUCGUAGAGCGAGAACGCUGCUUUGUAGUCUCUAUUUACUUUCCCUUUUCAAGUUUAAGGUUCGGCUCAUUCCACUUCGUUUAAGGCCCUUUUGUUAUACAGUGGUUCCGGAAUAAACCAAUUAUUUCGAUGAGCUGUUUGAUAAUUAUAUUCAGGGUUUUCCGCUUUCUUUCUCUUCCAGAUGACAUAUGAAGAUUUUCAGCCUCUUUUAACCUUAACACCCUGACACCAGAAUUCAUAUUCUCUACAUUUCCUUUGUUACUGACAAGGAGAAUUUGUUUAAAAAUCAAAGCUUCUUUGGCUGUUGAUCAUGCCUUUUUUGUAAAUGGUCUUAGUUAUUAUUAUUAAGCAAUGUUACUGUGAGUAGAAAUUACAUUCUGGAUAUUCUUAGGAUCUGAAGGGUCAAUCAUCGGAAAUUAAGAGCUUUUUCAAAGAAAACAGAAUAAAAUAGACAACAAAUCCUUCAAACCUCGAUUUAUAUUUUAAUGUUUGUGAAAUUACUAACAUUAUUUCUGCAGGAACGGCAAGUUCUGCUAUUUUUGCAUUACAAAGUCUGACGUAUGCUAUACAGAGUGCUUUGGUUGUAAGGCCCCAUCCCUUCACGAACCGCAUUUCAAAGAGCCACAAGCCACCUAGUAAGUGCUUUUUUCGUUUCCAUUUUGUUAUAGUUUUUACGCAUUAUCAAGUGUUUUUUUUCUUUUAAUUCCGCCCCUAUAGGUCUUAUUUGCACUAGACUUUACUCAAAUCUUUGUUACCCUAUUCCUUUGUUCUAAGUCCUUUGGGAAGCUCUCUACGAUUUCUCAGUCCGCAUACGAGCGAGCUUUGAGGUUGAAGUUAGCUCUCCUAACGAGGAUGUGUGUAGUACAUCACAGAAAAUAGAUGUCACCCGUUUAGUCAUUGCGCUUCUCAGACAUUAAAACCGGAAACUUUAAAGUACCAUUACAUUAAAUUUUUCUGUGACAUUUGGGUAAUCAUAAGAAAAAGAGUAGUCAGACCUACCACCACUCCCCAUCUUUGUUAGGUACAAAGGAUCGAAUACUGACACUAUUCAACGUAUUGUUACUAUUUUUUGCAGUUUUUUUCAUACUGACAUGUUAAAUCUGAAUUAUCUUUCAGUUGCAUUGUGUUAUGAAGAAAUGACCAAAGUGGAAUCAUUGAACCCACUUCGCACACUACACAGUGCUGUUCCACUCAAAGAGAUGGACCGUUUCUUUGACACCUUAACUGGGAAGAAACUUGUGUUUCCUACUCUUGCUUCACGCUCAAGGACUAUCUCCAAGGAGAGUAACUUCUCAGAAUUGUCCAAAGAAGCAAACGAAAACUUGGAUUCUUCAUAGCACUGAUUUAUCAUUAAGAGAGAUCUGCAACCAUGGUUGACGGGAGCACCAUUGAAAAGAGGGGAAUUAAAUUUAUGCUGUCUGUCUUUCCGGUGACCGUUUAUGCAAUGUUAA